UUUCUUCCCAUGCAAAUUCAAAGUUGUUUUGGUUUUUUAAUCUUUUUGGACCACCUUCUUUCUCUCAAUUGCCCCUCAGAAAGUUAUUCAAGUCCACAAAACAAUCAAAUGACUCAAGAUCCAGGUCCCUCUUCUCCUUGACAUUGCCGUUCUCUCCCCCGGCCGCCCCCCGCCCCCCGGCAAAACAAGGGACCCAAGGGAAGGUGGGGGGCGAGGGCUGCAAAAGAGAAGGGGAGUGGAAAGAAGGAACGGGGGCGGCUGAACAGAUCGUGGCUGAGUGAACCGGCUCGUCCUUCCCGUUUGGCUUUGCUAGGUGACUGGGUGACGGAGGUUGGCCGGGAAGGCUGACUUUGCGCGGGGUGUGCUGGCCGGCGCCUCGCCUUUGCCUUUGCGCUUUGUACCCAACGGCGCGCGCGAGCGGCCGCGCUCAGGUGCGGUGGGAGGGUCUGCGCUCUCCUUUCACUUUCUCCGGUCGCCAAAGCGGACACCUGGGGACGGAACCACAGCUCCCACCAGGCCAGCGAGGCAGGAGGACCGAAAAGGAAAGCUCGGAGAAGAAGUGAACAUUACCUGCUAGCAGAGGUCCGUUCUAGGUGGCAACAGCCAUGCAAUUCUCCAGCUCAUCCAGGGCAGCAGAUGAGAAUUUUGACUAUUUGUUCAAGAUUAUCCUCAUUGGGGAUUCCAAUGUGGGGAAGACGUGUGUGGUGCAGCAUUUCAAAUCCGGGGUCUACACGGAGGCGCAGCAGAACACGAUUGGGGUGGAUUUCACUGUGCGCUCCCUUGAGAUCGAUGGCAAGAAAGUGAAGAUGCAAGUGUGGGACACAGCAGGCCAGGAGCGCUUCCGGACCAUCACGCAAAGCUACUACCGCAGCGCCCACGCGGCCAUCAUCGCCUACGACCUCACCCGACGCUCCACCUUUGAGUCUGUUCCUCACUGGAUCCACGAGAUAGAAAAAUAUGGCGCGGCGAACUUGGUCAUUAUGCUGAUUGGGAACAAGUGUGACAUGUGGGAAAAACGGCAUGUCCUGUUUGAAGAUGCCUGCACGCUGGCUGAGAAACACGGCCUCCUUGCUGUUCUGGAAACAUCUGCUAAGGAGUCUAAGAACAUAGACGAGGUCUUCGUGCUGAUGGCCAGGGAGCUGAUUGCCCGCAACAGCCUGCACUUGCUUGGUGAGAGCCCCCUGAACAACCUGGCCAUGGGUUCCAGGCCGGUUCUUAUGGCCCAGGGGCCGAAGGAGAAGACCCCCUGCAUGUGCUGAAUAUGCCCUCGAGGCCAGCUGCACGCACCGGACGCCUGAUGUCAGAAACCAAAGUUGGCCGGAUAUCCUGUUGUCGGCCCAGAGCAUCUCAGACCAAAGCACAGACUUGCCUCUGGCCCUAACCCCGCCCCCUGGAUGGGGAGCACCGUUGCCUUGAUUCACAGCUGAGGCCAGAACUGCGGACUCUGAGGAAGAGGACACCACUGUUUCUUUGGAUCCCGCCUAGGGCUUAAGGCACAGGGGUAGGAGGACACGGUCUGCUUUUUCAGCCUUCCACUUUCUGUCUCCCCAACCCUUCAACGGCUUUCUACUGAAUUCUGCUUCUCACUCAAAGAAGAGGGUAGUGAAGGAAAGAGGAAAGGAGGCAUAUCAAGAGGGGGAGAGGAUGUUUAGAACAUUCCAGGGCAGUUUAUAGCAGCUCUGGCAAGGGAGGAUGGAAAAAACCCUGCAGUGAUAAACCAGAAUGCUGCUGACAUUCACAUCUCAGGUCUUUAGCUUGGGGGGCAAAGCCUCUGACAGAAAGACCAUCAACACUGUUUUGCCGAAUGGUCAAGUGCCAUGUGACGGAGACAGAAUGGGAUCUUACUUUAUCCUAGUUAGAUUGCUUUGACCACCCUCCUAGAAUGCGGGAGAUGCCUACAGUUUCCUUUCUAAAAUACCACAUUACCUGCUGGAUAAAAACUCACUUCUGAAUUGAAAUUAAAUGGGUUCAUAGAUGAAUUUCAAGACAAAAGUGACCUCACUGUGUGGCCCCUGUGCAUGCCCUGGACCUCCAACACCUGUGAGAAAUAAACUUCCUUUUUUCGAAGUCCCCUGAUGGUUGUUGCUGAGGCAAUCAUAAUGAUACUGUAAUCACAAGAACCACAGGGCUGGUCCAGCUACCACGUGGCUCUGAACAAGGAAAGGUCUGUGGUGGCUCACCUUGGCACUAAUCACAGGCCGAGACCAACAAAGAACAGAUAGCCACUAUCCGGGUACUGGGUACUAGAGAUGUGGCUAAUCUGAAUUUGAGAUGAUCUCUACGUAUAAAAUACACACCAGAUUUUGAAGACUUAGUACUAAAAGAGUAUAAAGUAUCUUAUAACAAUUUUAUAUGAUUAUAUUUUGAAAUGAUAUUUUAGAUAUACUAGGUUAAAUAAGUAUAUUAUUAAUGUUUCACCUUUUUUUUUUUUUUUUUUUACUUUUUAAAUAUGGCUACUAGAGUAGCGCCUGGGUGGCUCAGUCAGUUAAGUGUCUGACUUCAGCUCAGGUCAUGAUCUUGCAGUUCAUGAGUUUGAGCCCUGCGUAGAGCUCUAUGCUGUCAGCGCAGAGCCCGCUUCAGAUCCUCUGCCCACCCCUCUCUCUACCCCUCCCCUGCUCACAUUCUUUCUCUGUCUCUCAAAAAUAAGCAAACAUUAAGAAAAAAAUAAAUGUGGCUACUAGAAAAAUUUAAAUUACGUAAGUGGCUCACACCAUACAUCGAUUGGACAGUGCAAUAAAGCAAUGCUUCUCAAAGUGUAGUUCACCAACCAGACAUAGGAGAGGAGCCAGGGGAUGCCUGUUACAGAUUCCUGAGGCACAUGACUGACUUGUGGAAUCGGAAUCUGUUCAGGAAUCCACAUUCACCCAAGCUUGCUGGCUGAGUCCCAUGCUGAAAGUUUCGAACUGCUACUUUACAGAGGUGGGGGGGGGGGAGGGUUAGGAGGAAGAUCAUAGAGAAUUAAUCACAUUUUAAUUCAUUUCAAUAUAUAUUUGUUCCUGAAAAAAACCACCCACCUUUAGGAAACAUGAAGGAAAUCUAGUUAAAUGCCAGAGAGAAUAAAUGCAUCCACGCAGAUUAA